CUCUCAAUGAGUCAAUGGGGUCCUAACCCGGCGAUAGACUCCCACGGAUCUUCGGCUUCUGCAGUGGGAUCAUCGUCUGUGAGAUCCACAAUUUCGGUGGAGUGAGGGUCUGAAUCGAGCUUCAUCUUCUUCGAACGGGCCCUGCGUCAGAUGGAGUGACGGAAAGGGAUUGCUGGACGAGAUGCCCUGCCUCAACCCCGAUCUUCCCCUUCCCCUUAUCAACUUGGAUGGGCACGAGGGGAGUCCUGGUGUUACGGCUAGCACCCUUUUUGCUUCAUUGCGAGGGGAUCCUCAAACUUGGCUGGAAAGGUGUUCCACCAAUCCAGCAAUGGAGAACUGACUUGGAGGAGGAGGAAGAAUAAGCUCUCCUCCCAUCCAUCAGGGUUCAGGGCAUUGUUUGUAAACAAUAUCCGCCCCGGACGGGCAGUCAAACCAAGAUAGCCACCCCUCUCCAAAUGGUAUCCUAAAGAAAUGAAGAAAUAAGUCAUGGUCGGGAUGACAUCCGCCCUGUGACACCUAACGAUGAACCCCGCCAUGAGCCGGAAAGCGCCUGGGACGAACUGAGCGCGCAAAGCCAGAAUAUGACAGAAGAACUCCAUGAAGAAAACCUCAAGCCGAUUAGGACUGAAUUGAGAUGACGAGCACAUGCCUCACGAAAUGCUGCAAGGGGUGACGGAUGAAAGACGCAGUCCAAACCUAAGAGGGCAGGAGGACUUGGCGAAUCAUGGUGAUGGCACUAAUGGACAAGCACCGUCUCUGACGCCGAACGGUGGAGAAAUUAAGGGCAAAUCGGGGAGGCUUAGCUUGGCCGACAUCCCUCGAUUAUAAUACUUCUAGUCAUCACCCGAGAGACACCCGUCAUCUGAAAGGUCCUCUAAGUGACUUGGCGUUGAGCCAGAUUCGGGGACAGACCUCGUCCCGGACGGGCUUGUGCCAUUCUGAGGCUUGCGGGAGAGUCCCAUAGGGUUCAAGCAUAUGGAUACGGACAAGCCCGAGCACUUCGACACAACUCAAAUUUGGUAAAUGGGACUAACCUAAAACUUUGCCACCAUUGGCGGCAUGAAUGCUUCUAGGGUGCCACCAGGGAGGUUGCGACCACCGCCAGUUGGAUCCCUUGCGCAUCUAGUUUCUGGUCCAUCAGGGCCUGUUCGACCUCAACCUCUGUCAGAUGAUCGACACUUGAUUUGUUCAUUUUGGCGGGGACGCAAUCCGACAGCAACAAUCAGUCCUUACAAUUUUCAACGCGAUUUUCACCUUGGGUCAUCCGGAAACCGCGUCUCUCUGUGCUUUAGUGCUGGGGUAAAGCUGCGUACAUUCGACCCCCUUACCCCCACCGUAGUUGGAGCAUUUGCGGCAUUGGGGCAUGAGUGUAUUUUCUCUUGUCUAGUAGAAUGGGAGGGCAUUAAAAAGAUUGUAGGCAAUGCAUCAGUACUUGUUAUGUUGGAAAUGUACCAGUUCCUCUUCUCUGCAUUAAUGCAUUGACGAUCCAGUUUGUACGACAUAAGCAUUUCCAUGGGAUGAGCGCAGGCAGUUUCAACUUUCAAAUGAUGUGGAGAAUGAGCAGCCUUCAAUCUCUUUUUUGCUAUGAUAAGUCUAUGUCUAAGGAGGUUAUAGAGAAGUAGAGAACCCCUCUGGGGCUAGCAUUGCAUGCGAAGAAUAUUGGAAACAAAUCUCUCCUUGUGGUGGUUGUAAAGCAGCAGGUGGUGUAUUAUGUAUAUGUAGCAUGUGUUCUGGUUCAGGCCUAGAUGUUGAUUCUAUCAUGGAAUAUGAAGGGGUUAUUGUUAAAGUAAAAUCCUUAGGUAAAUUUUUAUUUUGUCACAUCACUUCCAUUUUAUUUGUAUACUCUAAGAUGGUGGACAGAUCGCAAAAGUCUUUAACUGUUGUGAUGCAUGUUUGUGUGAUUAUGUAUGCUGGAAAUCAUUCAUUGUUGUCUUAUUGCAACCU